GAUGGAUGUUCAUCUGUUUGUGCUUGUCAUUUAAAUAAUACAAUAUCAUGUGACCAUGUGACCGGAUAUUGCACAUGCGCAGCCGGAUAUGAUCAACCAGACUGCACACAAGUCUGCAGCCUUUUGAAGUUUGGUGAUACGUGCUCACAAUCAUGUUCCUGUCCCUCCAAUGCAUACCCAGUGUGUAAUCACGCGACAGGGGCGUGCACGUGUGGUCCGGGAUAUGUCGGUGACACCUGUGAUACUGUUUGUGCGGACAAUACAUUUGGAAUAUCAUGUAUUGGGAUAUGUGAUUGUGAUGCUCAAAACACAAACUUAUGUGACAAGGUUGCUGGGGCCUGUGUAUGCAACAGUGGCUGGGAGGGAACUAGGUGUGAUACAGCUGCUGCAUUUGCCUUGGUUAGCAGUCCGGUCCCUGGUUGGUACUCUCGGAUUCCUGGCUGCAUUGGUCCUAGUGGUAAUCAUAGCUGUCGUUCUGUGGUGCGCGUGCAGAUGUUCCUGCCAUGAGGUGAAAUCUCGGUCUCGCAGAAAGAAGGAUUUCAUUGAGCUUUCUGAGAUACCCGAAGCCCCUGAGCCACCUAUAGGUGGUGGGAUGCCAGCGAAAGCAGCAGGAUAUCAAAAAACACCUACAGCUCAGGGCUUACCUAAUGAUAACGACGGGGUAUAUUAUGGCCGAGAUGCUUUGAACAACUCGUCCACACCGGCGGGGAAUGGUUCACAGGUGGCACCACCUGUUCCCACAAGCGGGGACGAGUAUUACUACACAGACGGUGUUUCUGCUGCAGCGGCUGGUAACGCCGGUAAAGUUCUCAAACCAAAAGGGGAUGUUCCCGCGACCACUUAUCAAAAUUACAGUUCCAAUUCUGCUACUUCGAGUCCAAGAAUAAAACCGAAAGUUGCCAAAACACCGCUACCACUUCCCCCAGUAGCGCAGACUAAAGCACAGCCAGUGUACGGAAAUGCUGGCAUGCAAGAAGAAUACGAGAGUUUAGGAGGAAGGGGCGUCUCGGAAACAUACGCUGAUUUGGAUUAGUAAAUUAUCCAAACCGAAAGUUGCACCUCUGACGUGAUUCACAAUGCUUAUGAUUCAGUCAUCCACAUGCAAUCAAAAUUUGCAACAUUAAUGCUAUUCAUAUCAUCAGAGUAUUGCCAUGGCUAUACGGACUGAUAGGAACUACGUACAUUUUGUAUGUGACUUUAUUAUGUUCAUAAUAAAACAAACACCAAUGUAGGAAAAUAUUCAAAUAUAUUAUUGUCUACGCAAUGUCCGUGCUGCAUUAGAUCUGAAUGGGGAAAUAAUGUGUAAGAAUGUGAAGUGAUGAUGUGUUACCCUUUACGCUACAAAAGCAACACAGGAGUCACGUAAAUACUUGCAUUAUGAUAACAUUGAAAUAUUACUUAUAAAUACAUGUAUAAGUGGUGGUGAAAGAAACUUGUUCGUGUAGUGAAUAUGUGAAAUUAGGGGAUCAUACUAAAUGAGUAUUUUUUUAUUAUGAAAUUUCUAUAACUGGCUAUAGUAGUGUCAUUUUUGUUUAAUCUUUUUAUGAUAUAAUAAAUACGACUUUGUAAAUAGAUACAUGACGAUGAUACGAUGAUACUGCAAACAUAGUUAUUUUCUAGGGGCUAUUUUCACGAUUUCGAUACAUAAACAACACAAGUGGGGUAAUUUUCGCGAGUGAAGUAUUUGUGGUUCGUUCACAUGUGUUCCAUAAAUACCACGCAUAUUCCUAAGCAAUGAGUGUGAGGGAAUU